CCUUAUAUUUGGACAUUCUUGCCGGCCUUUUCACUUGGCCUAAAAUUCCUCCAAACACGUUUUUUUGGUUAUACGUUUUUCUCAUCCACUUUCUCAAAGGAAAUGGGCGCUUACUGUGAUGAAAAUCUCUCUUUCUCUCCGGCUUGUAAUUUGUCUCCUUCUCACGACCUCCGGCUCUCCAAACACGUCCACGACAACGUUCACGGCAACAUUUAUCUCGAUCCUCUCUCUUUGAAGUUUAUUGACACCGAGCAAUUUCAAAGGCUCCGUGAGCUGAAACAACUUGGAUUGGCACACCUGGUUUAUCCAGGGGCUGUACAUUCCAGGUUUGAGCAUUCUCUUGGUGUGUAUUGGCUUGCGGGUGAAGCUAUGCAAAAGCUCAAAACUUAUCAGGGUUUGGAGCUUGGUAUUGAUCGAUUUGAUGUUCAAGCAGUGAAAGUUGCAGGACUUCUACAUGAUGUAGGCCAUGGACCUUUUAGCCACUUGUUUGAACGGGAAUUUCUCCCCAAAGUUCUUAAUAGCUUCAAAUGGGCUCAUGAACAAAUGUCAGCAGAUCUGAUUGAUCAUAUUGUUGAUGUGCACCAUAUCGAUGUUGAAUCUGAGAUGAUUAAAAGAGUCAAGGAAAUGGUACUAGCUAGCUCUGAGUUUGCACUGCCAAAAAGUGCAAAGGAGAAGCAAUUCUUAUAUGAUAUUGUUGCAAAUGGUCGGAAUGGAAUUGAUGUGGAUAAGUUUGAUUACAUUGUCCGCGACAGUCGAGCUUGUGGCCUAGGAUGCAGCUUUGAUUUCCACAGGUUGAUGGAGACUAUGCGAGUUUUGGGUGAUGAGAUCUGCUAUCGUGCUAAAGACUAUCUUAGCAUCCACAAGUUAUUUGCUACUCGUGCUGAUCUUUAUCGAACUGUGUACACCCACUCUAAAGUGAAGGCUGUUGAGCUAAUGAUAGUAGAUGCUCUUUUAAAAGCUAAUAGUUAUCUAGAAAUCUCUUCUUCCAUUCAGGAUCCUUCUGAGUACUGGAAGCUAGAUGACACAAUAAUCAAAACUAUCGAGACAGCACCAGAUGAAGAACUCCGAGAAUCUAGAGAUUUGAUUCUGCGCAUUCGUAGGAGAAAUUUGUAUCAGUUCUGUAAUGAGUAUUCAGUUCCAAAAGACCAAUUGGAACAUUUCAAAGAUGUCACUGCACAAGACAUUGCUUGUUCCCAGAAAAAUGGGGGAGUACUGCUGCAAGAAGAUGAUAUUGCUGUUAGCAAUGUCAGAAUUGAUUUGACUCGUGGAAGGCAAAAUCCUCUCGAAAGCAUCAACUUUUUCAAGGAUUAUGAGAGUCAGGAGAAGUUCCCCAUACCACAUGAACGCAUCAGUCACUUGCUGCCCACAUCUUAUCAGGAUAUGAUAGUGAGAGUGUACUCGAAGAAACCUGAAUUGGUAGCAGCUGUCUCUGAGGCAUUCGAAAAUUUUCAACUAAAAAUCUACGGAGUUAAAGCUCAAGUGCAUGCUACACCUGAGAAGAAGAAACGGCGCUUUUAAGGCUGCAUGGUGUUGAUUGUUUCUCCUUGUUACUCCUUUUUUGUCCAAAAUAUAUAUAGAUUAUAUUUUCAUUUGCCACAUGCAAAGUAAAUGCAGUUCAAAAGUUAUACUACUAGAUUGUUGUUAUGAUAAAAGCCAUUCUAGUUUUCACUCAACUUGAAAGAGAGAAUAGUGUCAUCAAAUGAACCGUUUUGUAUAGUUGGUCAUUUGCUUUUUGGGGCUUUGGGUGAGAAAUAUCAGCUUUUUGCUUUUGAACUGAAUUUAUAAUUGCCUUGAAAAAGUGCAAGUUUUUGAGCUAUCAAACUUGCUGCUUCCAAUAUGAUGCUUUUAUUAAGGUCUA